GCUGUAGAAACGGAUGUGGUUUAUAAAGAAACGGCACAGAAUAAGAGAGAUUAAUUUAAAUCGUAAUUAAAUUUUAAUGGAGCCUUUAUAAUAACCUCAAAUAUCUGCAGUGUAUACAAGAAUUGAAUUUAUUAAACGUGUGCCAAGCCAAAUCAUUACUAAGGUUUCAUAAGGAUACUGCUGAACCGAAUGUAGUGAAUUCCUGUCGAUCGAGAAUCGUGCAAACAUACUGUAUUAGCAGAUGGAUAAGUUUGUGGUAAGGUUAUCAAAAGAUGAAGUCAAAAAAGAUGAGAGGAUUCAAAGGAAAGUGUACAGACAGACUACAAUCGAAUCGCUAAGGAGAGUUGUGGUGCUAGAAGAUAUAUAUCGAUUUAAGUCCAUGUUAGAACUGAAUGGUCAGACGAAAGAAAACCUUUUACUAGCUUUAACAGAGUUGAAGAAGAAAAUGCCAUCAAAAGAAGUAUUAUUAUCAACUAAAAUUGGGCACACUGUAAAUAAGAUGCGGAAACAUUCAGAAGCAGAAGUGUCUUGCUUGGCUCGUGAAGUUUACCAACAAUGGAAGACAUUCAUAGAGGAAAAUGCAAAUAAACCAUCUAUAGAAGUGAGGAGUGACCUUCAAACAGAGAAGCUCCGAAGUAAUGCAAGAAGAAUGCUGGCAGAAUCCAUGGAAGUUCAGGUUGAUCAUCCUCUUGUAGAAAAUAUCGAAAGAGAGGCAUUUCAUCAGUGCUCUCGGCUGAUCAAUGGGCCCUACCGGAGGACAGUGCGAGCCCUUGUCUUUGCUUUAAAGCACAAACCAGAGAUGAGUUACCAGAUCAAAAAUAGCAAACUACCAGUGAAUCAGUUUGUCAAAUCUCACAAAAAGUAACUGAUGGAUUUCAGUUUCACUAAACAAGACUCUAUUAUACAUUUUAAACAUUUUGGAAUCCUGCACUUUGCAAGAUUUUAACAAAAGACCGCUUACUUUUGAAAUCCAGUACAAGAAUCAAGGUUUGAGGACUGUUUUAUUAUUAAAAGUCAAUUUCUUUUUAUUCAA